AGUAAAAUAGAUUAGGUACUCUAAUAGUAACAAAAAUAUAUCAUUAAGUAUACUUAAUAUUGCUUGUUAAUUAGACUGUUUUUGCUAAGAAUUGUUUUUUACAUGCUAUGAUUUAUCGUUAAAUUUAACACAUACAAAUAUAUUACAGUGACUUACACAUCCACUCGACAUCUAUUUUACAAAAAAUUAGUUCCCUACUAUCUAAUUUUUUUGAUUUUUAUUUUGUCGAUCAACAUAGUAUACCUACCUAUAUUGUUAUAUAAUUCAAAAACGCAAUCGAUACUUUUUAAUUGUGUUUGGCUUCAGACGCUGAACACCUACGUGGCUUAUAUGAACUGUCGUUUCAGUGAUAUACACAUAGUUCAAACACCAUUCGCUCGGAAGAUCCAUCCAUACUAGUGAAAGAAAAUAUAUAUUUUUUAAAUAACAUUAAAAAACAAUGGAUUUGGCGUCUACUUAUACUGUAUUUUUCAACACAAAUGCACCUGACGAUCACGACAAUAGUCUCCAUUUACGCACAAACAAUGGGGGCGAAUACAAUGAAAACUGUUUACCGAUCUAUUGGGAAAAUUUGAGUGUACACGCAAUAAUUAAAAAAGACCGAUGGCUGCGUUCAAGCAUCACGACUAGAAAACUGUUGUUAAAUAAAGUUGAAGGAUACAUACCACCGUGUUCACUUGUAGCCAUUAUGGGACCAAGCGGUGCCGGGAAAAGUACUUUAAUGGCUGCUUUAGCAAAUAAACUUCCAGCUCAAAUGGAUUUUGAAGGAAGUGCAAAAAUAGGAAGUCUUUCUGUUAGAAAUUUUGAAAAUCACAAUUUUGGAUAUAUGUACCAACAAGAUUUAUUCUGUGGAGUUUUAACUGUUAAAGAGCACCUUUAUUUUAUGGCUAAAUUGAAAUUGGACAGGAGAACUACUGACAAAAAUUUGAAAGCUCGUGUAUCCGCAGUUAUUGAAGAAUUAGGUCUUGGUCAAUGUGCCAAUACUAGAAUUGGGGCUGGUGGGGAAAACGGAAAGAUAAUGUUAUCGGGCGGUGAGAGAAAAAUUGUGUCGUUUGCAACUGAACUUCUUACUGACCCAUCAUUUUUAUUCUGCGAUGAACCCACAACAGGACUGGAUUCAUACAGUGCUCAAAAAGUUAUUAAAAUUAUGCAGCGAUUAGUAUCUGAUGAAGGAAAAACAGUUGUUUGUAUAAUUCAUCAGCCUAGUACAGAGCUUUUAAAUGUAUUCAACCAGUUGAUAUUAGUAGCUGAUGGAAGAAUUGCCUAUUCAGGACCACCGAAUAAAGCUAUUUCGUUUUUUGAGAGUGUUGGUUAUCGCUGUCCCGAUAAUUAUAACUCAGCGGAUUUUAUUAUGAAAACAUUAUCAGAUAGUAACAAAUCUGUAAAUUCAAUUUGUGAUGAAUUUGCAGCUAGUAAACAUGCAGAAAUAGUAAAAAAUGCUAUUUCAAAUGAAAUAUACUAUGAUAUAUCAAGUUUAUCUGCAUUUCGAAAUCACUUAUCGCCAUUUUGGCCGGUGAAACUAUACCAUCUGACGGGAAGAUAUCUUCUGGAGAAAGUUCGCAACCCCACCAUUGAUAUUCACAGGUUUAUGCAAAAAGUCGCUAUAGCCAUCAUGGUCGGCUUAUGUUACUUGGGCACUGUGCAACAGACCCAAGUCGGCAUACAAUCGGUCCAGGGUAUAUUUUUUAUGCUGAUCACAGAGAACUUUUUCACGCCCAUGUAUUCGGUGAUGAAUCAACUGCCUACACAACUUCCCUUGUUCAGGAGAGAGUACACUUCAGGCCUUUACGAUGCCUCGACCUUCUACAUCGCCAACAUACUGUCCUUCAUCCCCACGUUGAUCAUCGAGCCCACGGUAUACACGACAAUCGUUUACUGCAUGGCCGGUAUGCAAACCGAUCUGUAUGGAUAUUUUCUCACGGUAAUCAUCACGAUUCUGGUAAUGGCCGUGUCCACUUCUUGUGGUUACAUGUUCAAUAACGUUUUUGGAUCUUUGUCGCUGGCGUUAACAUUUGUCCAGCCGUUCGACAAUGUUAUCAUGAUGUUAUCUGGAAUAUUUGUAAAUAUCAGGAGUGUACCAUGGUUUCUGCAUUGGGUAGUUAAGAUAUCUUGGUUUGAACUUGGGUUUGAAGCGCUUACUAUUCUUCAUUGGCAAAAUGUGACUUACAUUGCAUGUAGUGAAGAUCCAGAUGUUCCAUGCUUGAUUGACGGCAGUGAAGUUUUGGAUAAAUAUGAAUUUAAAGUAACCAAUUUGAUACCACACAUUUAUUCCAUGGUUUGGCUGUACAUUGGUUUUCAUCUCAUAUCAUUUGUAUGCUUCGUGACUAGGGCGCACCUGAACAAACUGUCCUAGAACGAGAAUAAACAGCGCCAUUGAUAUAUUUUUUAAUCAUAUUAUUUUUAUAUCUGCGAAUAAAGCACAUAUUUUUGAAGAAAAAAAACAAGUUUUAUUAAUUUAAACGCAUUUGGAUAUUAUGUAGAUUGUAUAAUUAAUGUAUAUAGCAAUAGCUGUAUAGGUAUUAUUUUGUUAAGCCAAUACAAAAUAAAAUUUUUUAAAAUGAAGAAAUUGUAGAAUAAACCCUUUUUUAUAUCAUUAUAAACCCAAUAUAUGUGUUAAUAGGGAAGGGGUCAUCGCUUGCGAAGGGUCAGUUUCGUCUCUUGUUCGCAUUUGUAUUUUGACUGUUGCGACAUUUUUAUAGGUGGGAACCGUAGUCUGAUCGUUUUCUCACAUACCGUCACACUGCAAAAUGAAACCCUCACCCUUUUUAGCCAUGAUAUUACAUGUUUUGCGUAUACACGGGUGCAGCUGCUCCGUCGAUUUUACUACAACAAUCGCAUCUUAGUCCGCGCACUAUUUUUUUAUUUACCUAGAGCAGGGAGGUUAAAUUAAAUAUUAUAUUAUAUGUGCUUAUAUCGUGGAUAUGUACUUCAAAUAAAAAACUUUAUUUUUUAUGUUUGGGGCAAUUUUUACUAUUAAAAUAUAUUUUAAGUUUGUUAUCUUGGUAUUAGACAUAACAAAUUUCGUUUAAAAGAUAAUUUAAUCAACUACGGGACGUUUAGCACGAUAUUUUAGAUUCUGAACAGAGUGAGGAAUGUAUUAGUUUUAUAAUGAUGAAUGUAUGUGUUUUUUUUUUGUGUGUAUAUUUUAUACAACAUAACUUGUCGAAAUAAUACUUCAAUUUAAAACUUCAGGGAUGGUAUGGAAAAUUGAAUAUCUUUGGUGCAUUAUAGAGGUCAAAAGUUACCAGCAGUUUUCAAAAAAAUCUGGGAAAACGAAAAAAAGUGACGGAAAAAUGGGAAUAUUUACGCAAAACCAGUAUUCAAAAAAUCGAUUUUUUUGUAUUGUUGUAACUUAAAAGCUAAUCACUGAAAAUACUUUAAAUUUUUACCAAAUGUUUGUAUUAAUGUUAUCUAUGUAUACACAAUUAAAUUUUCAAUUUAAUAAUCAUUAAUCAUGAGCAGUUAUAUUAUUGAUAAUAAUUGAUUAUUUUAGAUUCUGAACGAAGAGAUGAAUGUAUUGAUUUUACAAUGAUGUGUGUUUUUGUGUCUGUGUACAGCAUAACUUGUCAAAUAUAAUGCUUCAAUUUCAAACUUCAGGGGUGGUAUUCGAUAGCAAAGUGAAUAUCCUUGGUGCGUUAUAGAGGUCAAAAGUAAGAAUUUUCCAACAGUUUUCGACAAAACUGAUUUUUUUAUAUUUUUGUAACUCAAAAACUGAUUACUGUAAUUAAUAUUUGGAAAUUUCACGAAAUGUUUGUAUUAGUGUGUUAUCUAUAUACAGUUACAUUUUCAAAAUAUUAUGGCUUUUUUUGAGUUAUU